AUGCCAAUAAAAGUGGUUAGCACAUUCACGGGAAAAGUAGUGGACUAUGAAGCUAAGGAAUCACUUGAGACCAGGAGUUCAAGACCAGCCUGGGCAACAUGGCAUCAGGUAUGUGAAAAAGAAGAGAUCAAGGCUUUGAAAACAUUAAGUAUUUUUUUACCAAGCUGGGAAUUCCAGAGCUGGGAAGCCAAUUUUUUAUGUUGCAAGGAGGCUGGAGUGCAAUGGCACGAUCUUGGCUCACUGCAACCUCCACCUCCCGGGUUCCAGCAAUUCUCCUGCCUCAGCCUCCUGAGCCCUCCCCUGCCAAAUCCUUCCCAGCUUCUGCUCUUUGAAUCACUGAAUUUUCAGAAUGACUUCAAAUAUGAGGCAUCUUUCUACCUGAGGAGGGUGAUCAGGGUCCUCUCCAUUUGUACCACCUGCCUCCUGGGCGUGCUGCAGGUCGUCAGCAUCAGCCCCAGCAUUUCCUGGUUGGUGAGGUUUAAAUGGAAAUCCACAAUUUUUACCUUCCAUUUGUUCUCAUGGUCUCUCAGUUUUCCUGUUAGUAGUAGCCUGAUCUUUUACACUGUGGCUUCUUCCAAUGUGACCCAGAUCAAUUUGCAUGUCAGUAAAUACUGUUCACUUUUCCCAAUAAACUCCAUAAUCAGAGGACUGUUUUUCACUCUGUCAUUAUUCAGAGAUGUUUUUCUUAAACAAAUAAUGCUGUUCUCAAGUGUCUACAUGAUGACUCUCAUUCAGGAACUACAGGAGAUCCUGGUACCUUCACAGCCCCAGCCUCUACCUAAGGAUCUUUGCAGAGGCAAGAGCCAUCAGCGCAUCCUGCUGCCGGUGAGUUUCUCGGUGGGCAUGUACAAGAUGGACUUCAUCAUCUCAACCUCCUCAACGUUGCCAUGGGCAUAUGACCGUGGUGUCUAGAGGCUAGUGGGCAGUGUCUAUACCAUUGUCAGGUUUUUGGUGCUACUGAGAUCUGAUAAAAGGAUAAUCAAUGUGAUGUAAACUAUAAGACAAAUGUUUAAAAGUUUAAUUGUAUGAAUCCUGUCAUGAGUUAAAUUAUUCAGAGUUCAUUAUAGAGAAUAAUCCAAAGUUAAAAUAAUUGGAUAAUUUAUUUGUAUGUAGGAUAAAAGUAGUAGGAGAUUGCUUCUUGAAGAUUUAAAAUUAUAUUCAGAGUGUAAUUAUUUGCAUUAAAAUAAUUUUAAAUGUUUUGAAUAGCAAGUAUUGAUAUAAUUAAACUUUCGAAUAACUUAGUGCUUUGCCUUUAUUCCUAAUGUUUAUAUGGAAGCAUGUGGUCAAUGUUUGAUGCAUUACAGCUCUGAGCGGUCCUUCUGUAUUAGGUGGUCAUCAUUUAUAUACUUCUCCAUAAAAGAUUAAGGACCUGGAAAUGUAAGAUACAUGAAGAAAAUCUAAGUGGAGAGGCUGUUUGUGGUUAAGUGAUAACAGUGUUGUAAGCGAUGCAUGAGGUAGGUGUUCAGUGCAUAUCCUCUGCAUUUUAUUAAUAAAGAAACACUGUAAAAUUUAGAAGAAAAUUGUUUCACCAAAUGCACAUAAAACUAAUAAAAUAGAGUGGA